AAAUGCAGGACCGCGGCGUUCCAAAUUAUGAGGAAACCAAAGGGAUUCAUGGUCUUAGUCUCAGUGACUGCGUUUUUUAUCUUCCUAUCUCUGAAUUUAAACAUGGACACAUGGCAUCACAAGAAAUGGCUUGCAUUGAAGAACUUUUCGGAUUUUAUAAUCGCCUUAGAAAGAAGAAGAAUGAUGAAUCUGGCUCCGCCAUCAUGGGGAGGGUACGAGUUCAACUUCUCAAAGAAGAUCUAUACAUUGAAAGACUGUUCAGAUUUUAUAAACGGUUUAGAAAGAAGAAGGAUGAUAAAUCUGGUACCGCCAACGUGGGGAGAACUCGAGGUCAAAUUCUUAAAAACCGGUAUAAAACUCGGAGGUCAGUGGAAGCCGGAAAACUGCACAGCUCAAACGCACGUGGCCAUCAUUAUACCCUUCCGUGACCGCGACGCACACUUAAGAAUCUUCCUGAACAACAUGCACCCAUUUUUACAAAAGCAAAAACUGGACUACCGAAUCUAUAUAGUUGAACAGAAAGCUACUACUAUAUUCAACCGAGGUCUCCUAAUGAACAUCGGAUUUGUUGAGUCAGCUAAAAUAGACAAAGACUCGUACGACUGUUUCGCCCUUCACGACGUCGACUUGUUACCGGAAAACGAGUGGAAUUUCUACAACUGCGCAGAAAAAGUGAAACACAUGUCAGCCAACGUUGAUAAGUUCAAAGAAGGACUUCUCUACCCGACAAUUAUAGGAGGAGUGACCAUGCUCACUAAAUCACAAUAUCGCCAGGUGAACGGCUUUCCAAACACGUACUUUGGGUGGGGAGGCGAGGACGAUGACCUUUAUAUAAGAGUCGACAAAAACGGGGGAUUAACCAGAGUGCCCUUUGAUAUUGGGCGAUACAGAAUGAUAAAACAUAAUCCGGAUUCUGGUAAUCCAUUAAACCUGUUAAGACAUUCACUACUCCAUUAUGCAAAGCUACGAUGGGAAAUGGACGGGCUAAGUAGUCUUGAAGGGACUUACACUGUGUUAAAGACCGACGAGUUUCUACUGUACACGAGAAUAUACGUGGAUGUCGAUCCGAAUGCCGUUUACACUAACAUAAAGGCAAAGAGCAAUCACAUCUUUGGAAGUGACUUUCAACGACUUAUUAAAUGGACGGAGAAGAAGGAAUGCGGGUGUAAGAAUGGCGGAAUUUGUGUUCAAUCAAAUGACUUGAGUUCACAGAGGACAUGUACCUGUCCCUACCCAUACGGCGGGUUGCACUGCGAACGGAACCUGACGUGUCCACCGCAGUUUGAGGUAAUGUUCGGGACAAGUUGCUACAGUUUCAACACGGCACUGGACGGCUCCUUCUAUGACGGCAAGAAGAACUGUGAGUCAAUUGAAGCGAGACUAGUCGCCGUGAACGACGAGAAGGAGCACCGAUUUAUAACACAAUACCUUGCUGCUGAUGUAGCUCGAUCCGACCGUUGCUGGUGGACAUCAGCCACAGAUGAAGCCUCUGAAGGUAGAUGGGUAUUGUCCGGAUGGGGGAACAUCCCAGCACCAUUCACUGCUUGGUAUCCAGGCGCGCCAGACAAUGAGGGCGGCAAUGAAGACUGUGCGAAGUACCUCAGAGACAGAGAUUAUUGGGAUGAUAGUCAAUGUUCCAAGAUCUGUAACUUUAUAUGUGAAACAGACGCGAUUUAGAUAACGGCCAAUAUUGAAAAUACAAGGCAAGAUAUGGAGGGGUGGUAUUAACAAAGUUUUUU